AUGCCUGAGCUUGACCUUCAAGACAUAGCCGAGGAAAUAAAAAUUAUACUCAACGAUAAUGGGGUAUCUUUAAAAACGGACAAUAAGAAGAUCUAUUUGCAGCGGGACGACGAAAUCUUUGAAUUACCACACGCAACUCCUCACAACACACCACUACCCGCAGCCGUAGGCGCCACAACACCAGACGAAUCACACCAAGUCGACUUAAACCGUAAAGCACGAAAAAGACAAAAGACGACACCAUCAUCAUCAACUAAAAAAGCAUCAAGCGCAAAAACAGUGUCCAAAAAACAGAAACGGCUAUUGCAACGGUUUAGUGAAGCACGGUCGCAGUUCUUACAAAAGGACAUACCUACACGUGUUACGUCAAUUGAAACGGAGCGCAACAAAUAUCACAAUACAGUUCAACAAAGAACCGAAACAGCUUUAAUUUCAGUUACAAACAUGCAGGAAGUAUCAGAACCAGGAAUGUCGACAGAUUAUCAAAAAAUUGCAGACGACGUCCUGGCAGAGCUUCGUGUCAUUCAAUACUGCAUUCACAUCGCGCAAGUGGCCGCCAUCCAUACCAACUUUGCAAUGCUCAACCUGCACCAGCUCAACGUUGUGUUGGACAACGUCAGCAGCACACGGAUUCGAUAUGCAGACGCAUACGAUUAA